AUGAUCUGGUGGGCGCUGCGGUCCAAGGCUGUACCGGAGGCCUAUAUUGACACUGUCCGGGACAUGUACCGCGAUUCUGAUUCAAUAGUCAGGACCGCUGUUGGUGACACCAACCCCUUCUCUGUCACCGUUGGAGUACAUCAGGGCUCUGUGCUCAGCCCGUUUCUGUUUAGCGUGAUAUUAGACGCCCUGUCAGCCAGCAUCCGAGACUACCAUGAGCAGCCACCGUGGCUAUUCAUGUAUGCUGAUGAUAUCGCGCUGACAGACUCUGAUAAGGGCCGACUUGUCCAGCGGGUGAACAGAUGGAGGGGGUCGCUAGAGAACGGCGGUCUUAAACUAAAUGUGGCGAAGACAGAGUACAUGGCCUGCAAUAGUACAGAUCCUCUACCCGUCCGCAUAGGCGGGGACAUGGUCAAGCGCACGGAUCAAGUUAAGUACCUAGGAUCUGUACUUAGCACUACCGGGGACAUCGACAGCGACGUCAAAGCCCGAAUAUCCGCUGCCUGGGCCAAAUGGCGGGAGAUGACUGGGAGCGGCACAAGCAGGAACUGA